AUGGUAGAAGGGACUAAGGAUAAAAAAACCACAAUGGAUAAAAAAACACAGGAUAAUAAAAACAAAAAAAACAUGAAGGAUGUAAAGGGUAACCCCAAGGCAGCAGCUACGGGUAAUGAUAAAUUAGCCAAGAAGAAAGGAGCCGCCAAAGAGAAGAACCAACUGUACAAGGGACAGGUUAAAAAGAGCCUGGGCAAACAGGUCGGCGGAAAGAAUCAACAGAUGAAAAAGGUUGCCACGGAGGAAUCCAAGAAGAAGAAGAAGAAAAUCAUCACAUCCAUUCGAUUUAAGAGACCCAAAACCCUUAAAUUGCCCAAAAAUCCAAAGUGCCCAAAAAUCAUAAAAUCAUGCUACAAAAAAACGUUGGACAAAUAUGGAAUUCUGAAAUACCCCCUGACAUCUGAAAAGGCCAUGAAGAAGAUCGAAGAAAUAAACACCCUCGUUUUUAUUUGCGACAAGAGAGCAGAUAAAAGGAGAAUUAUGAAAUCCGUGAAGAACCUCUUCGGUAUUAGCUGUGAGAAGGUCAAUGUUUUGAACAGACUCAAUGGAGACAAGAAGGCAUACGUGCGCCUGUCAAAGGACCACGACGCAUUGGAGGUAGCUAACAAGAUCGGAAUUCUAUAA